GUUUUUUUUUGGUUCCAUAUAUUGGAUUAAUGCAGUGAUAUCUCCAACACUAUAAAAAUUUGCUAUCUAAAAAUCCAAUUUCGUGUUGCAAUUUGGCAAAGUGUAAUUUACCAAAAAUAUUGCAGUUUUUACUGUUGCUGUUGUAAUUGUUGCUAAAGUGCUUGUUGUAGUAUUCCAAAUUUUACUCACUACCAAUUCCACAGUCAAACAAAUAAGGCAUUUGCUGAGUGCCUCCACCGUCGGUGCAUUCAAGUGUGAAAACAUUAGCAACAAAUGUUGUUGUUGUUAUUUCGUUUUUCUUUGUUUUUGGUUUUGUUCUUUGUUGUUAAGUCGUUGCAAUUCUUUUGAUAUGAACAUUGUUAUACUUGAACGAAUGCAAUAAAAGAAUUGAGGCAGAGCAAAACAAAAAGGAAUAAAUAAAAAAAACUGUAAAUUGCUGGUGUCACUUCAAGCCAAGCAAAAACAUAAAUAAUAAAAAAUCAACCAGCCUGUUGGAGCUGUGGAAGCGUCAUGACUCAUCUACGUAAAACAGCAACAGCGCUUGUGAAGCGUACUUCUUUUUCGGCUGCCGCAACGGCAAUACCAAAUGCAGUGACCUUGCCAGAGGCGCUAACGCAUGCGCCACCAUCAAGGGCGAGUGCACCAGUAACACCAAUAGCAACACACGUGGCCGAGGAGAAACCGACGAGUAUUCCUGGCACAAAUGCACGUCCUUACUCAGCCGUACCAGGCCCCUGGGGCAUGCCAGUGUUGGGCAACUCAUGGCGUUUUGCACCGCUAGUCGGUCAAUAUCGCAUACAGGAUUUGGAUAAGGUUAUGAAGGAGCUACACAUUAAUUACGGCAAAAUUGUUAAAGUUGGUGGCCUCAUAGGACAUCCGGAUUUGUUGUUCAUCUACGAUGGCGAUGAAAUUAGAAAUAUUUUUAAAAAAGAGGAAACCAUGCCACACAGACCCUCAAUGCCUUCACUCAAACAUUACAAAGGGAAAUUGAGACACGAUUUCUUCGGUGACAUCGCUGGACUCAUUGGUGUACAUGGCAGAAACUGGGCGCUGUUCCGACAAGAGGUACAACAAAUACUACUACAACCACAAACAGCAAAGCAGUAUGUGCCGUCACUUAAUGAAAUCGCCAGCGAAUUUAUGCAAAGAGUACAUGAAAUGCGCAAUGAAAAUGAUGAGCUGCCUGAAAAUUUUCUACAUGAACUACACAAAUGGGCGUUGGAAUCUGUGGGACGCGUGGCAUUGGAUACACGCCUUGGCUGUUUAUCACCAGACGGCAGUAAAGAGUCGCAACAAAUUAUAAAUGCCAUAAAUACUUUCUUCUGGGCUGUGCCACAACUGGAAUUGCGAAUGCCAUUGUGGCGUUUUUAUCCAACGAAGGCUUAUCGCUGUUUUGUAAAGGCGCUGGAUCAGUUUACAGAAAUCUGCAUGAGAAACAUUAGCCGCGCAAUGGAUCGGGCUGAUGCUGCGGCAGGGAUGCAAAAUGCUACGACCGAUUCGAUUGUGGGACGCAUUGUGCGCAAAACGGGAAAUCGUAAAUUGGCAGCAGUAUUGGCGUUGGAUUUAUUCUUGGUCGGAGUGGAUACGACCUCGGUGGCUGUCUCUUCAACCAUUUAUCAGUUGGCUAAAAAUCCCGAGAAGCAGCAAAAACUUUUCGAAGAAUUACAAAAAGUGUUUCCAACGCGUGAAGCGGAAAUCGACCAAAACGCUUUGGAGCAAAUCCCUUACCUGAGAGCCUGCAUAAAGGAGACCUUGAGAAUGUAUCCGGUCGUCAUUGCGAAUGGAAGAAGUUUACAAACAGAUGCCGUUAUUGCUGGCUAUCACAUACCCAAAGGUACACAUGUCAUAUUCCCGCAUCUGGUAGUAUCCAAUGAUCCCGCAUAUUUUCCACAACCGAAACAAUUUCUGCCUGAACGUUGGAUGAAGCAAAGCGAAGCGAGUGCGCAAUGUCCACAUGUCGGUCGAAAAAUUCAUCCCUUCGUCAGCUUGCCGUUUGGAUAUGGGCGUCGCAUGUGUGUGGGCCGUCGCUUUGCCGAGAUCGAAUUGAAUAUGCUGUUGGCAAAGAUAUUUCGAAAAUACAAAGUGGAGUACAAUUCCGGCGAAUUAGUGUAUAAAGUAAAUUCAACCUAUAUACCAGAGUCGCCACUUAAUUUCAAAUUGACGCUAAGGGAUGAGUAGGGCUGGUUGGUGGUACGACAGUGGACCGGCUGGUAAGCUGCAGUGGUUUGUAACACACCAAAGUUGCCUAGUAACAGAUACAACGGUGCUUUCGAGUGGCGCGACACACACUCUCCCACAACUACUUUCAAUGGGUGUAUUUGCAUAGCUAUUGUUUUUGUUGUUCUAAUAUUACAUUUUUGUCUCGCCAAUAUGAAUUUUAUACGUGCUUAU